UAGAUUCUAGAUGGUAACAAUGAGAUUCUAUCGACUUCGUGCGCUCCAUGCAGAAUCCUUCCGCCUACGCAUCAGUUGAUGCCUAUCCAUGUACCGAUGCUCUAUGUUUGGACCCAUCGUGAUAAUCCAAAGUCGUCGUCUCUCAGUGUAAUCUCAUGCAAUCUCAAGGACAUGUUGGUCUCAGGUUAUCCGCCCCUGCAUGGCACCCGAAGCGUUCGGGAUGGAUCGUGGAUAUAAAUAAGCCAGCAACCCCUGUGGCGCUGCACGGUAAGGGGGGU